GCUGAACCGGUCGGCCUGACGCCUGACCCCGCUCAAAUCUUGAUCAACCUACAAUAACACAGGAAAUAUGCGGGUAAUUAGUUUUAUAAUAGCCGCUGCGGUGCUGGCUAUAUGUAAAGCAGCAUCACCACAACUUCGAUUCGCUUGGAAGCAAGUAGAUUACGCCUGGGACACACCUGCUGACAGGGAAAAUGCUAUUAAGGCCGGCCAAUUUGUACAAGAACAUAACUUAAUUCUUGGUUUGGCGAGAUGGAAAAAUAAGCUGUUCAUCACCGUCCCAAGGUGGAAGAACGGCGUGGCUUCAUCCCUAAACUAUGUAGAUAUAGAUGGGGCUCAAGAUCAAAUUUUGAAGCCGUAUCCUUCAAUGAAAGACAACUUGGUCCCAGAUGACGCGAAGGAACUCCCUUCCAAUAGUUCCAUUAUCUCCGUGUUCCGGGUGUAUGUCGACCCCUGUGAUAGACUAUGGGUUAUGGAUUCAGGAUUGGCUGACAUUUUUGGUGCUGGUAACCAAAUUACGGGACCGUCUCUAGUGGUGUUCGAUUUGAACACCGACCAGCUUCUUCAUAGAUAUUUCUUCAAAGUCACCGAUAUGAAGGAGGAUUCGUUCUUCGCCAACAUCGUGGUGGACGUGGACAAGGACACAUGCGACAACGCGUUCGCAUACAUCCCGGACCUGGGCGCGUACGGAGUGGUGGUCUACAGCCUGAAGCAGAACGACUCCUGGCGUAUCUCGCACCACUACUUCCACUUCGAGCCCCUGGCUGGCCAGUACAAGGUUGGCGGCAUCGAGUUCCAGUGGACUGAUGGAGUUUUCGCGCUGGCUUUGUCUGAACCAAGGGAACACGGAUAUCGGACGAUGUUUUUCCACGCAUUCUCGAGCACGAAGGAGUUCUGCGUAUCAACCGAGCUGCUCCGUAACUACACACACAUCGAUAAGCACGAGGCAUUCCACGAUUUCAAGUUGCUUGGUGACCGCGGAGAACGCACUCAGUCCUCAGCCAGCUUCUACGACCCCAAGACAAGUGUUCUCUUCUACACACAGGUGAACAGAGACGGCGUGGGAUGCUGGAACGUGAACAAGCCCUACACGCCGGAGACCAACCCUCUCAUCUUCAGCGACCCUAUCCUCUACGAGUUCCCCAACGACUUGAAGGUGGACGAUGAAGGCACCCUAUGGCUGCUAACUGACAAGCUGCCGCGGUUCCUUUACAAGUCGCUGGACCCCAACGAAAUCAACUUCAGGAUAUUCAGCAUCAACACCACCGAAGCCAUCGCUGGCACCGCCUGUCAAUAAAACGUAUUGUCAGUUGCACGAAGAUACUGUAAACUGGAGAAUGCCCAAAAUAAAUUGUUCUUUACUUUUAUUCAGGCUGUUAGUUCAAGAAUGACAAUGUUCAAAAAUGGCUCGUAAAGUGUUAACAUACAUAAUAAAUUAUUAUAUGAACCAUGCCUGAAAAACGGUUAGUUGCCAUUACACUCUUCUCAUUACGUCUACUUAAGAGAAAAGGGGACGGCCGUGUCUCAAUACAAACGUAGUCUCCAUUUUCCUUUCUGGAUAUUGAUAUUACAGAAAAUAUUUUUACAUAAUUUGAUGUAUGUGUAUAUACCAUAGCUAUGCGUAUGAGUUUUUUUAGAUUUUUUGAUUAUUUUAAAAAUUAGGAGCGAAAAACAGAUUUUAUACAAAAUUUUAUAUGUUGCUAACUCUUAUAAUAAUUAAAAAUUCGAUAAAAAUCAAACGUAGGGGCAUAGCUGUCGUUCAUAUACAUCAAAUUGUGUCUAAAUAUUUUCAGAGAGGAAAAUGAGAACUACGAUUGUAUGAAAAGGCGAUUUCGCGCGGGUCUUGUAGGUUUCUGUCGAGUGAUGUUUUACCAAUAUUUUGCCCUACAGUGAGGUGGGAAGUCCAAUUAAAUUAGACUCACAUUUUGUAAAAUAUGUAAUAGUAUUUAUUCCCUUAAUUGGCUACCUACUUAAUUUUUUUGUCUGCUUUAGUACAACGUAUUUUACUUGUGCAUAUGUUAUAAGCUGUAGUUUUGAUCUCGAUACCUAUCAUCUAAAUUGAAAUAAAAACAAAUUAAUGAUACUGUCUUUUUGUCGAGGCUGAUGAAAGUGAUGAAGCCGAAAACUCGAUCUACUAGAUUUUAUUUUGUAGAAAAGUUGGUGUCGUUCAAAUAUUUUCAUUGUAUAAGACAAAGUGGAAAAGUAUAGCGACAUAAUCUUUACGUCUACUUUGAAACAUAUUCACUUAAAUUUGUGAGUAGGUACUUAAAUCGGUGUAAAUUUUCACAUUUUUAUAAUUUGUAUCUUGACUAUUAUCAACUAUUAUGUAACCUAUUUACUUGUUUAAAGCAUACCGUUUUAUUUGUUUAUACUUAAAUAGCCCGUGACGUUACACAAAUAGGUAAUUGUUAUUAUUUUGAUUACAGUUGUUACAACACUCAUAAUUUACGUAGGUAUAACAUAAUUAAAAUUAAGUAGCAUAGUACAAAUAAAUUCGUUAUGAUAAA